AUGGUGAUUGAAGAUGUUACUGCUACUGAAUGCACAGUUAAUAAUAAUCAACAUACAAAUAAUGGAGGUAUUCUUGAUCCUUACUUCAUUGCUGCUUCUGAUAGUCCUACUUCAUCUCUUGUUGCUGCAAUCUUUACUGGAACAAAUUUUGUUCGUUGGAGUAGAAAUAUUAGAAGAGGUUCGAUUGCUAAAAACAAAGAAAGUUUCGUUAAUGGAGAAAUUAUGAAACCAGAUGAGAAACAUAAAGAUUUUCAUAAAUGGAAACGAGCUGAUUUUGUAGUUGUUAGUUGGAUAUUAAGCUCAAUGAGUUCAGAAUUAGCUGACGAUUUUGGAUAUAUAGAUUCUGCUGUUGAAUUGUGGAAGGAAUUGAAUGAGAGAUUUGGACAAUCUAACGGUCCAUUGAUAUAUCAAUUGAAGAAAGAAAUUGAUAAUUUGCAACAAGAAAAUAUGACUACUAUUACCUAUUAUGGUAAAUUGAAGAAAUUGUGGGAUGAAAUGAAGUGUAUAAGAACAUUUCCUACAUGA